AUGCAUUUUACAAGCAUUGUAGCCUCAGCAUUGUUGCUGUUGGCCGAAGCCGACGUUAUCUCCGCCAAAGCAAUCCUCCACCUACCCAACGCCUUCCGAAGGAGAAAUCACCUCGAGGAGGGAAUGAAGAGGGAUGUCAACAAAAUUUUCCGACGAGCGCCCCAGAUGUCAUCGAACGGAAAUCUGUCUGUGACGGCACCCGAUGCCGCGAUGAACCAGUCAAUUGCGGACGCCUGUGUCAGCAGUCUCGGCAAGCUCACCUCCGUGGAGAAUGCUGCUGGGAUGGCGGCCUGCUACAAUAUCAUCCAGUUCGACAUGACGGCUGGCGCCUUUGAGGCGGAUCUCCGGCUUUACCAGAUGUUCACGCCCAGUGAGGAGUUUGCAGACGUGCCUGUGAAUGAUAUCAUGAUCAGCUUGACCUAUCCCACCAGCACCAUAUUUCAGUCGCUGACCAAGCGGAGAAAGCGAGACCUGGAGCCGCGACAGAGCAGCAUGCAAGAGGUUCAGCAGUACACUCUUUUCGGUACCUUCGAGUCGAACCUCGACCUGACAAAGCUGAACGACACCCAAGUCAUGUCGUUGAUGCUCCCGGAUGUCAAGAUCAAUGCUGCCAUUGACUCGUCGCAGCCUAUCAUGGCCAACCUCAGUGCCACGGACGGCGCGUGGUUCGUGGUCGGACAGUUCAAGGAUGAAUUUGUGAAUGGGCUUGUGACGCCCACGGCAGCCACCGCCGCCAUUGCAGCUGCAGCGCCGUUUGUGCUGCCUGGAACAACAUUGGGCAUUUUCCCAACUGGAUUGAUCGUCACGUGCGCUUGGACGGUGCUGUUCUUCCUGGCGUACGGACUUGGCACGAUCGGCCGCAUUCAAUAUAGAAGUGCGUUUAGAAAGCGAAAGGCGGCUCAGGCCGGCCGAACUGGAAAGCGGAUAUAG